AUGUCUUCCGAAACAGACGCAAUGCCUCUGCCCAAGGGAUGGGUACGAACCUUUUCCAAUUCUCAGAAACGAUACUUUUACAGUCACAAGGACACAAAACAUACUCAAUGGCACUUUCCCACAGCAAGUGAAGCGUCGGAUCCUUGGAUGGCGAAAAAGCGUGCCGAAGAAGCUAGAGAACGCGAAAAACAAAAAAUGCGAGAAAACAAGGCCAAACGACCAGCUGAAGGACCCAGUGGUGGUGGAACUAGCAGCAGUACUGAUCAGAAACAAAAGAGAUCGAGACCCAAUACCACUGAAGCAGAUUCUUUCUUGGCAUUGGAUGCCACCAACGUGGCAAUCAUUGUUCCUUAUAGAGAUUUACACCCCGAACAAAACCGAGCGAAACAUUUGGAGCAAUUUGUACCACACAUGGUUCGAUUUCUGAAGAAUCUUCAACGAAAAUCCAAAGUCUCUGAUUUCCAUGUCUACAUUGUAGAACAGUCUGACGACAAUCGCAAGUUCAAUCGAGGCAAGCUGCUAAACAUUGGUUUUGAUUUGGCGAAAAAAGCAAAACGAAAGCACGACGCCUUUAUCUUCCACGAUGUGGAUCUGCUUCCCCAGGCAGAUUUGGGAGACGCGUAUGCUACGUUUCCCAAGGCACCCUAUCACAUUGCACGGGUCUGGGAUCGAUACUCGAACAACCCCAAGUAUUUUGGAGGCGUGGUUAGUUUCAGUGCCUCUGAUUUUAAGCGAAUCAACGGAUACCCCAACACUUUUUGGGGUUGGGGUGGCGAAGAUGAUGAACUGCAGCUCCGAUGCCAAAACAUUGGUCUUAGUUGGGACUGGCCACGAAAUGGUGGUACUUUGGUGGAUCUGGAACAAAUGAAUUUGACAGAAAAGUUGGGAUUCUUGCGACAGAACAAGCAAUGGAAGUGCAUGGUCAAAUGGGAGGCUUUGGAAGAACAUGAAAAGACAUGGAAAAAGAAUGGAUUGAAUGACCUGGUUUAUGGUGUUUUGGAAACAAAUUCGUUGGACCCACAGACAAAUAAAGCUAGCAAGAUCACUGUGGAUGUUAAGCUGAAUGGCAAUCAUUGGGCCAAUGACAAGUGCGGUGUUGAUUUUAUGGGUGACUGGAACAAGAAGUAG